AUGAGACACAAGCGACACUCUAGCGAGUACCGGGCUUCCGGACAGGGUGCGCACGCGUGUACCUCGAUCUUCCAGGUCCUGCUCACUCCCAUCCCCGCUGGCAUCCGCCUGGUGCCGAGAGCUUUGAAUCGGGUGCACUUUGAUUGCGCCUAUGCGCUGGAAUUGUUUGUCGAGGCCCCUUUCGCUGCGUGGAUGAUGUACCUCUUCCUGACGCAGGACCACAGGAGGUACUUGGUGGAACUCGUAGCACUGGCUAUACAGUUUGCCGGAACAGUGGUCUACUACAUUCCCGGCAUCAUGCGUCUGGAGCAUGCCUGUUGGCUGAGCUGGGCUGAUAAGGCCUGCGGUAGUGUCUGGAUGAUCUUUCCGGCUUAUGUGUUCUGGCGCACGCUGACCAGCUACAGGAAUGGUGACAGCAAGAAGCACACCUGA